UGGCUCUGUGUUAUCAAUUUUACCGCACUCUCGGUUACUGUUAUCGGGAUUACAAUUUUUAUAAGACAUGAACUAUUCGCUUGGAUUAUAUUUAUUGUCUUUCUCUCAAAAACGGAAAAGUUUGUACCAUUUUCGCACGACUACAACACUUUAUAUAAAGAACACGCUUUUUACCUCUACGGUGCAAUAAGGGUACUAAACUGCUCAAUUUAUUUUUCUCGCAACCCAAAAAUUAAGUUGAAUAAAGAACUGUUAUUAAGAAUAAUUCAGUAUCUGUUUUAUCCAGCUUAUUCUUCCAUUCUUAUUGUUUUAUUCGAGGAUUUCGACGCACAAAUGAGAGAUGUGGAGCACGGAAACAAUCCCAAAACAGACAGCUACUAUCAUUACAACUCAAAGCAACUCCUGAACUGCUACUACUUGGAAAUAUUUAAUUUCAUUGGUAUCCUAAAACUCAAUUCCUGGACUUUCAGGACAGUAGCCGUCAAAAUACUCCGACUAGUUCUAUGCUACUAUUCUUUCGAGUUAAUCCUUCAUCUAAUUCAUGUUAACUCUUUCUUUGAAGCUGAUCCACAAAUCUUUGACUCGUUGAGCUUUUACGAAGUCGUUUCUGUGGCAUAUUUACGUGGCCAAUUGUUUCACAUGAAGUAUGUGGUCAUAUUCGGAAUACCUGCAGCAUUUGCAUCGCUCGAUGGUCUAAAACCACCCGACCCACCAAUAUGUAUAUCUCGAGUAAGCCGAUACUCAAGAAUGUGGAGAAAUUUUGACCGAGGGCUCUACCAGUUUCUCAAGAACCAAAUUUACCUACCUAUUGGAAGAGCAAUAACGCUCCCAUACUGUCAGCGCCUCACAGCUACAGUAGCAACUUUCCUCUUCGUACUAGCAUGGCACGGUGUGAAUUCUGUGUACGUCUGUUGGGUAUUAUUUAGUGGUGCUGAACUAUGUAUAGAAAGCAUUGGUAAAGCUAUCAACAAAACGAAACUUUGGUGGAAAAUUUCGGACCGAAUUGGAGCUAUAAAUCAAAGAAGAAUUAUAGCCAUUGCAAUGAAUUUCACUGUGACACCAGGAGUGUUGGGAGUAUUCUUCUUUCUCGGAGGAUAUGGCACUGGAACGAAAAUACUCAAAAGGACUAUGCUGCAAGGGAUAUACGACUGUCUCCAUUUGAAUUUCACGACAGAACCGUAUUGCUUUUUUUUUGAAAAGAUGCAAAUAUUGACCACUAGUUUUCAUUCAUUCCCAAAACCUCUCCAUAAUUCCACUUAACU